GUCGCAAUGGGGGGCCCUUCACUCCGAUGCCCACGGCUCGAGAUGUAUAAAUACUCCCAUAGACCCUCGCUUGUUCUGCGAGAACCAACAAUCAAAAAACCUCAAAUAAUCUCCUACCAUCUCCAACCAUGGCCAUCAUCGCUGUCGCCGGUGGAACCGGCAACCUGGGACGCGCUAUUGUCGAGGCAUUGAGAGACACGACGAGCCACUCCGUCCAUGUCUUGACAAGAAAGCCCGACGACGAUCUAGCAAAAGAGCUAGGCGUCCCACUGCUUCUCGCGGACUACGCCAACGUCGCAUCCCUUACCACCCUGCUGGAAAGCAACAAGAUCGACACCAUCGUGUCUACGGUAUCCGUGCUCGACGACACCGCCAGCAACGCCCAGCUGAACCUCAUCGAAGCUGCCGAGAAAUCAUCGAGCACAAAGCGAUUCAUCCCGAGCGAGUUCGGCAUGCGUUACACCCAAGAACAUGCAAGGGACCUCCCAUUCGUCGCAGGCAAACUAGCCGCAGUGCAAAAGCUGCAGUCCUCCACAAGCCUCGAAUACAGCCUCCUCUCGAACGGGAUCUUCACAGAUUACUACGGGAUGCCCAAAGUCAAAAGCUACCUCCAGCCAUUUGUUCUGGCAGUCGAUAUAGCGCACAACGCAGCUGCGAUCCCAGGCUCGGGCGACGUGCCCGUCGUGUUCACGCAUACCUUCGACGUAGCCCGGUUCAUCGCUGCGUUCGUCAGCGCGCCGGACUGGCCCGAGCGGGGCACGAUCAUCGGCGACAAGAAGACCUGGAAUGAACUUGUUGCCCUCGCGGAAGAAGCCAAAGGAGUCAAGUUCAACGUGACGCACGACAGCGAGGAGAAGUUGGAAAAUUUCCAGGUCACAGAGCUUCCAUCGCAUCCGUCCAUGUAUGCAUUCCUGCCCAAGGAACAGCUCCAGCGCAUCCUUGCUACCUUCGGCCGCUGGUCGAAUGCUGGCGACUUGGAUCUGUCUGAGGACGAGUCGCUCAACCGCCGCUUCCCGGAGAUCCGGCCGCGGAGCGUCCGCGAUGUUCUAGAGGAGGGUUGGAAGGCUUGAGCGGUGCCAUCUCUAGUGCUGGCAGAGGUUUUUCGACACAGUCCGCCUCUCUCCCUCUCUCUCUCUCUUUUACUCUCUGAUUAGUACUAUACUGCCUGUGGAAACAAUCAUGCGUCUUUCUUUCUAUAUCAAGCGGAUGCAGAC